AUGAUGAUUCGCCAUGAAGUGCGCCAUAUCUUGUUUCUUCUAUCAGUUGGAUACCCUGAUGGCGCCAUUCUUUCUGUCUUCGAUGCGAUCUACAAUUCAAAGAACUUUGGUUUCGUUCUCCCUCGUCAUGAACAAGGAGCUGGUCAUAUGGCACACGGAUAUACCCAAGCUACAGGAGAGCCUGGAAUUAUUGUGGUGACAUCUGGGCCUGGAGUGACCAACUUGGUCACAUCCAUAAUGGACGCUCUGGCCGAUGGGACACUGAUAAAUGUGUUCUGCGGCCAAGUCACCACCAGCGCGAUUGGAAGUAAAUGUGCUGGCAAUGUCUUAGCCCUGACCAAAUGGAAUACUACCGUGCACAACACCUCAGAGUCACCGAGAAAGAUCGAUGAGGCAUUUGAAAUCGCGCUGAGCGGUCAACCUGGGCCAGUUCUUGUGGAACUGCCUAUAGAUGUGACAGCGGGCAUUUUCCGCCGUCCCCCUCGAGCUAUAUGUGCUAGAUUCCCACUUGAAUUAAGUCCAGCGAACUUGAUAAUGAGUCAGUUCCGCCAAGACAAGUUCAUGCAUUCUAUCGACGAGGGUGCCAAGUUGGUCAAUACUGCUACGCGGCCUGUCCUAUACGUCGGGCAGGGCAUUCUUGCCACCCCGAAUUGCCCUCGUCUACCCAAGCAACUGGCUGAAAAGAUCCAAUAUCCUCUACAAGGCCUAGGGGCCUUUGAUGAGACAGAUAUUAAAGCCUUGCACAUUCUUGGCCUCCACAGAUCUAGCCAUGCGAUUGUGGCCAUACAAUAUGCCGGUCUGGUCAUUGCCUUGGGUGCACGAUUCGAUGGCCGAAUGACUGGCAGCAUCCCCAAGUUGGCCCGAGGCCAGACUAGCCGAAGGCUAAGCAAAGAAUAUAAACGAGGUAGCGCCAGCGACCGUACCUCGUCGGCGAUUGUGCAGAGAAUCUUGAGCUCCUUCUACUGCAAAUCACGAAGACCCAACGAUCUGGGUGGAUGGUUCAGAUACAAGUCUAGAAAGAACAAUAUCCAUGCCAGGCGUUUAAACCGCAGCGGUCGAGACGACAUGAUCAUUCCCCAACACGUCAUUGAGCGUCGAGCGAGGUCGUAG